AUGGAACCUUCGCCGACGCGCCGCCGGAGCUUUGUCGUACGAGCGCCGAGUUCUGCGUCGGGCCUUCCCGCCGAGACGAGCAGCGAAGAAGCGGUUGCGUGGGCUACCGCUUUGCGCGAGCACCGCCGGGCGACGGUCGAGCCGGGCUUGUCCUGGGUGCACUGCGUCGUCGUCGGCGGCGCGGUCUGCUUCCUCCUCAUCAUGCUGCAGCUGUACAGCCAAGUGACGUCGAUGGCCUCGUUCGUGCAGCCAGAUCGGCAGAUGCGCCCGACGCGCCUCGAUGUCGCUGUGGAUCUCGCGACGCUCUUCCAUGGCGGCGUGCAAACGGUGUACUUUGAGAAGCAAGUCGUGUGCGCAGACUGCGAUGGCCACGGGUACGACCAGGCCGCGGGCCUAAAAAAGUGCCCCAUGUGCGGCGGCGCCGGCAUGGUCGUGCACGAGCAACGGUUUGGCCACCGCGUCCACCGCGUCCGGCACGGCUGCGAUCGCUGCAGCGGGGCGGGCCACCUUCCGAACCGCGUCUGCCACGCCUGCCACGGCCACGGGCACCACGUGGCAUCGGCGUCGAUUGCUGUUCCGAUCGCACCCGGCAUGAUGCACGGCGACGAGAUUCUGUUUGCGGGCGACGGCGACGCCCAGCGCCACGUGGCGACGGGUGACGUCCUCGUGCGACUGGUGCCCUCGGCAUCGCCGACGUCGUUCGUGCGGCGUGGCGACGACCUGGAGACGAUCAUGGUCAUUUCACUUCUCGAGGCGCUGACAGGCGUCACGACGUCCAUGGAGCACCUCAGCGGCGACCUCCUGCCCAUCACAACCCACGACGUCCUGCAUCCACACGCGGUCUUGCGCGUGCCGGGCCAAGGCAUGCCGCUGCGCCACGACCCGCGACGGCGUGGCGACUUGCUGGUGCGCUUUGAGAUCCGUUUCCCGACGGCGCUGACAGCUGCGCAGAUCGCCGGACUGCCUGCGCUGCUGCCUGACGUCGUCGCCACUUGA